CGUACUGUCUGUCAUCGUCAAACACUUCAACUCGGCAUUGAUUUCGAAAGGAAAUUUUUGUGUUUUUUCGGGCUAAAAGAUCAAUUACCAUUGGGCAAAAUUGUUGAAUCCCCAAACCAUGCACAGUGCGCAGUGUAAAACGCCCAACGGUCAGUUGACACAAAAUGAUUUAGCCAAUACGCCAGAACAUCUGCGUCCCGGAUUCACCGGACAGGUGCGUCAAUAUGAUCCCAGGGAAUUUGGUCUGACGAAUAACGAGGAAUGGCGCAAUCCGCGGAUGUUCCGCAAUAUGACAUAUGAGACAGACGCCGAGGCCAUGGAUGCGCUGCGGCUGGCGCAACCCCGAAGACAAAUGUAUCGCCCACCUAUUGGGGCAAAUCUAAGCAAUUUGACGGAGGAGUGUCUGGCUGAGGUGUCGGCACCGGCGUUUGAUCUGAGCAUGCCGUCUCAGAUGUCUGGGCCGGGUGGCGAGUAUCUGGCUAAUAUCUCGCCGCCGCAUAUGUCCGAUACAGACAAGUCUGUGGGCCAAAAUGAUGCAAGCAACUACGUGGAUAGCGUUUACCGCCAGGUUGUGCACAGUUUCAAAAAUGCACAUGACCACAAUGUGCAUGCUGAUAAUCUGUUGCCCGCGGUAGAGAACCGAACUCCAGUGCCCAAUCAAGUGCCCGAAAAAGGCACCGUUCAACAGAACAACAGUGUGUUGACUACACUGCGCAAGAUAACCACCCAUCGGGAUCAGUGCGGAAAUGUUACCAGUCGUGUCGAGGAGACCAGCACAGUGUCCAACACUCCCUACGAACAGGUGACUAAUUUGGAAUACACACCAAUCGGUACGGUACAGGGGGCACAAGGACGUCAUCUUCACUUUUCCAUGCCAGCCCAGUCGGAGAAUAUCGCUGAUAUCUCGAUGCCCUCGUUUUACGAUAAUUCCAUGCCAGCAAUGAGUACGCGUAUAGCGCCGCAGGGCAUGACAAGUGAACAGCUGGCAGACAUAAGUGCUCCCGCGUUUGCGGACUCGAUGGGAAGACGAAUGCAAGCGACGCCGCCUACUAUUAGCAAUAUCUUAGCGCCACCUAUUGGUAAAAAUGUGUGCCUAGAAAAUAUGAGUGCUCCCUCUUUUCCAAAUAGCACCGUUAACAGUUCUAGAAGUCCAGGCGUAGAAGAUAUAUGUGAUAUGUCGGCACCGCCAUUCGCUAGUACCAAUCGUUUCGAGUGCCUCGAAGAUAUAUCCAUGCCGUCAGGCGUCGCUGGUGCUAAAGGUGAUUCGAAACGACAAGCAACAGAGUUUCCCAGUGAAUGCUUGUAUAAUGUGACAAUGCCAUCGUUUGGAGGUUUUACAGGAUCUUCGGGUGCGUCAAGGCGACAAGGAAACCUGACGUCCAAUGAGUGUCUAGAAGAUAUAACAAUGCCUUCAUAUGGCGGAGUGUCUGCAGCGUCAAAUAGACAAGCAAACUAUAUGCCUAGUGAAUGCUUAAAUGAAGUUAGUGCCCCAUCUUUAGUGUCUAGUACCUUGCGCAGUAGAACACCACGACGCCAACAAAGGUCCAUGCCCUCACAUAAUACAUUCGACAUAACAGCUGUUGAGGAUAUCAGUAUGCCCUCCUUUGAGGGAGUGUCGAGUGCUACAGCAAGAACAUGUCAGCAGCGAUCAAUGCCUUCCCAGACUAUAUGUGACAUAUUAGCACCAUCUUUCGAAACUUUUGGGCAGGCUCCAAAUGCCAAUGAAUGCUUGGAAAACGUAACGAUGCCAACAUAUGAUAGUUCAGGACAAGCGACAUAUCAGUACCUGGAGGAUAUCAGUAUGCCUUCGUUUGGCGGAGUAUUGGUAGGUUCAAGAGCGGGUUCUCCAUCACGUCAACAGCGCUCAAUGCCUCCCCAAAAUAUCUACGACAUAGCGGCGCCAUCACAAAUGACACCAGGACAAAUGACAAAUGAGUGUUUAGAGAAUGUUACAAUGCCAUCAUAUGAGUAUUCUGGCAGAGGGCCCGGGAAUAAUGUGUGCCUGGAGGACAUCAGUAUGCCUUCGUUUGGAGGAGUAUCGGCUGUUUCAAAAGCAAGCACCUCGACACGUCAACAACGUUCAAUCCCUACCCAAACUGUGUGUGACAUAUUGGCACCAAGUUUUGAAAACAGUGGACGAGGGUCGACAGCGCAUGAAUAUAUAGAGGACGUGACCAUGCCGUCCUUUGGAAGCUCAACCCGAGGACCAAUGACUAAUGAGUUCCUGGAAGAUGUAAGUAUGCCAUCUUUUGGUGGAGUAUCCGGUGCUUCGAGGGCAAAAACUCCGACACGCCAACAACGAUCAAUGCCAACCCAGAAUAUCUCGGACAACCAAGUUCCUUCACAUGGAAGUAGUCGACGUGGGCCAACGACUAAUGAGUGCUUGGAGGACAUAACAAUGCCAUCAUAUGGAAGUUCAGGUAGAGAAGCCACGAAUGAAUUCUUAGAAGAUAUUUGUAUGCCUUCGUUUGGAGGAGUAUCGGGCGCUUCAAGAGGAAGAACUCCGACUAGGCAGCAGCAAUCGAUGCCAUCGCAGAAUAUCUAUGAUAUAUCAGCACCGUCUUUUGGUAACAGUGGACAUGGACCAGUGACAUCUGAAUGUUUAGAGGACGUAACCAUGCCUUCGUUUGCCGGGGUAUCGGGAUCUUCAAGACGGCAACAGGCUAUGCCGUCUGAGUGUUUGGAAGAUGUCAGUGCACCUUCAUUUGGACAAAGAAUGUCGCGCAGUAGAUCAGCGCGACGUCAACAAAGGCCUUUAGAAAAUAUUAGCAAUGCAAGUCGAGCAACCGCGACAAAUGGGUACCUUGAGGACAUCACAAUGCCUUCCUUUGGAGAAGUAUCGAGUGCUUCAAGAGCAGGAACCUCCACGCGUCAACAGCGUUUCAUGCAAACCCAGAACAUAACCUCUCCUCCUUCAUUUCGAAGACGCGUUCCAAAUACUAACGAAUGUUUAGAAAAUAUAAGCAUGCCAUCAUAUCUGAUCUCAGAUGCUUCAAGAGCAAGAUCUCCGACCCGGCAGCAGCAAUCGAUGCCUUCUCAAAAUAUAUUUGAUAUAUCAGCGCCGACCUUUGGCAACAGUGGACGUGGACCAGUGACAAAUGAAUGCUUAGAGGACAUAACCAUGCCGUCAUUUGGAGGAGUAUCGGGGUCAUCACGACGACAGCAAACCAUGUGCUCCGAGUGCUUGGAUGACAUCAGCGCACCAUGUUUUGGGCGGAGCAUAUCGUUAGGUAGAUCACCUCAACGUCCGCAGAUGGUCCAACGAAACAUUGUAGAUAUAACUGCUCCGACAUUUGCCAGUUCAGGUCGGGGUCCACAAACUAAUGACUGCCUGCAGGAUAUUAGCAUGCCUUCUUUUGCAGGAAUAUCGGGGGCUUCGAGAGCAAGAACUCCGACACGGAAGCAGCAAUCGAUGCCAACCCAGAAUAUUUGUGACAUAUCAGCUCCAUCAUUUGGAAGCAGUGGACGUGGCCCAAAUGCUAAUGGAGGUUUCAAUAACAUAACAGGUUCAGGACCAUCAAAUAAUCGGUACUUGGAGGACAUUAGCAUGCCCUUAUUUGAAGGAGUAUCGGGUGCUUCAACAGCAAGAACUCCUACACGGAAGCAGCAAUCGAUGCCAUCCCAGAAUAUUUGUGACACAUCAGCGCCGUCAUUUGGUAGCAGUGGACGUGGACUAGUCACAAAUGAAUACUUAGAUGACGUAACCAUGCCGUCAUUCGGAGGAGUAUCGGGGUCAUCACGACGACAGCAAACCAUGCGCUCUGAGUGCUUGGAUGAAAUCAGCGCACCAUCGUUUGGGCGGAGCGUAUCGCUCGGUAGAUCACCUCAACGUCCGCAGAUGGUCCAACGAAACAUUGUAGAUAUAACUGCUCCGUCAUUUGCCAGUUCAGGUCGGGGCCCACAAACAACUGACUGCCUGCAGGACGUUAGUAUGCCUUCAUUUGCAGGAAUAUCGGGAGCACCGAGAACAAGAACUCCGACACGUCAACAGCGAUCAAUGCCAUCCAAGAAUAUCUGCGACAUAUCAGCUCCAUCAUUUGGAAGCAGUGGGCGUGGUCAAAAUACUAAUGUAUAUGAAAGCUCGACCAGAGGACCAACGACUAAUGAGUACUUAAAUGACAUCACAAUGCCUUCCUUUGCUGGAGUGUCGGGUGCUUCAAGAGCAAGAACUCCGACACAUCAACAGCGAUCAAUUCCAUCCCAAAAUACCUGUGACACAUCAGCUCUUGCAUCUUUCGGUAGCAAUGGCCGUGGUGCUACAACUAAUAAAUAUGCUGGGCGAAGCUUAUCGCAGGGAGCAAGUCCCAGAAUUCAACAAUUAUCAGCACCUAUUGCUAGCUCUGGAAGAGAUCCAAUGCCGAGUGAGUGCAUUGAAAAUAUAACAAUGCCAAGUGGCGUUUCAGGUGCAGGCACUAGUCGGCGAGAAUUGACAAUGCCCAGCGACAAUGUAACUCCUCCCUCCUAUGGACGCAGUGGAAUAUCCCAAAAUACACCACAGUUAUGGAACAUAUCUCCACCGGUCUUUGACAGUCCCACCAGUCAACCGAACAAUUUACGUAGACCGCGUUCUGAACCGGCUUAUCUCAGCGAGUGCCUAGAUGACGAGAGUGCUCCCAGCUUUGGCAACAGCAGUAAAGGCAUGAAGAGUCUUUAUCAGAUGCCACUGCAUGGAGCUGAUGUAUCGAAUGACUCAAUGCAGAACGGAACGCCGCUUCGACAGGUUCACAGUGUUCCAUGCAUUCCCAGUCAACAGAACAUUGGUGACAUUUCAGCACCUUCUAUGGGCAGUCCAGCGCAUGAGUUUUACAAUAGUUUCCAAAACUCGAGAACUAUACCGCAACCUGCUGCCGAUGAAUCCUAUCCAAGCGAAAUGCUUGGAAAUGUUAGCGCCCCUUCCUAUGCAAGCACCAUGAAUCGUACGCAGCCUAAUCGGCUGCCAAACUUUAGUUCGGCUUACGAGAACCUUGACAACAUUACACAACCUUCGAUGUUUGCUAAUAGCUCUGCGCGUGCUCAAAUGCCUUCUAAUCGUAACAAUUCUCGGCCACUUGAAACGCUGGACGAUAGACAGAAAACCAACUUUGGUCAUUCGACUGGUAAACGUCUUGAUAAUGUAAUGGACAUAAGUGAACCAUCUGGACUGUAUCGAAGUGGUGUAAACUCUCAGAAUGCAGAGAAUAUGGGCAUGCCCUCGGAGAGAGGGCAGGACUUGAGUGGGAUGCCAGUGAAGAAAAACGGCUCAAAUCUUUCUCAGCAAAUUUCAAUCUCUGAGCAAAGUGUGAAGAGGACUGUGAUCCAAAAUACAUCUGAUCAGCUGGGCAAUGAAAGUGAACCCUCCGCACUCAAUAAUAGUGCGAAUGGCCCAGCCGUAGUUGAGGUGGAAAAUGUGAUUGUUAAGACAUCUGUUACUUCCGUGAAGCGUAUAUAUCCAAACGAAGAGGACAAUCGGAUAGAGGAUGGCUAUGACAAUCGAAAUCGCGACAUAAAUGGCUACAACGCCCGAAAUCGCGACGAAAAUGGCUUUGACAACCGAAAUCGCGACGAAAAUAGCUAUGACAACCGAAAUCGCGACGAAAACGGCUACGGCACCCGAAAUCGUGACGAAAAUGGCUAUCAGAAUGUACCGAGCUACCAGGGCAUAAACGACAUCUCCAUGCCGCCAUAUGAGAGCACUGGCAUCAGCUCGCCGGGGCAAUCGAAUCGUAACAACAUGUAUCUCUCAGACAUCAGUGAGCCUUCCUACGGUCCCUCUUACCAGUCAACCCAGCAGAGCCGUGACCCUAAUGGGACUUUCCACGGCUUCGACUCAAUGGACAACUAUGCACCGUUCGAUCAGCUCGUCAAUUCGAUGCCGCAAAAUCAACUGGCGAACAGCAAUGCAUUAUCGGACAACGUACUGGCCACGCCUGAGCCGGUGCGUGGCAAGAAUGGCCAAGUAAACAAAAAAAUGCCCAACAGCCAAAGGUCAGAACAGCAAACGGGUCAAAAAAAUCCGUGUGCAUGUUCAGCGAGCUUGUAUGGGAAGCCCUCCAAUAACCAAAAUCGCAAUCCAACUCGCUAGGAAAUUUACUCUCUAAACAUUUUGUCCACGUUCCUACUCUACGGAAGGGGGAUCCUGCAAUUGAAAAUAUUUAUGAUUUAGUACUUGUUUUUAGACUGAAAAAAAUGAUCGAAAUUUGAGUUAACAAUAAAAUGGAAGUGAAGUGAAUACCAAAAAA